CUCAGCGGAAUUCUCGAGCAUUCGGCUCCAACGUCCCCCGCAGGGUCGCCGCCGCUCCGCUAGAACGCUGCUCCAGCUUCGGCGCUUGGUUGCCACCGCUACUACCACCACUCUCUCGUUGCCGCCAAACCGUCGCUCCAUCGCCGUUGCUACGCCGCCCCAUCACUGCCGAUCUUCUUUGCCAUUUCUUCGUGUCUCAGCCACUCCUCGUCUCUGACCUUCGACAAAGCACUCCUGAAGCCCAUCAAGAUGGACGAGAAAUAAAAACGUUGGUGAACCAAGGUGCCAAGCCAGUCCUCAAACAAGAAGGAGAGAGCUCUACUCGAGACAAUGCCUGUCAGAGUUCGUUUGAAGACAAGUGUCCACAGAAAACGGAAGGUUUCAACUGAACGUGGGAAGGAAGCUGGUAUUGCUAAUUCCAGCAAGAGAAGGAAUCAAAUGAACCGGGAAAACACAAAAGCUGAUGGCAUCAAAUGCAAUAGCAAACCCUAUAGAAGGACAAAGAUCAGGGAAGUAAGCUCUCCAUCUCUGAGUGGAGGCAAACAGCAGCAAUUAUAUAGGGAAGGAAAGUUUGAAUCAGAUGAUGUUAAGGGAAGUUUUGGAUCUGAGCCUCGUGACAGGAAAAGGAAGAAUGCUGAUGCGACUAGGAAGACUCCUGUGAGGGAGAAUUCUUCAAUUGCUAUGAAAAGGAAAUUGAGUGAAGCUGCAGUGUUUAGAAGAAGAGGUAGUCAUGUGAAGCGGGAAAUUAUUGAUGAAGAUGAUUCUUAUGCAGACGAAGGAAGUAAUGAUAGAGCUUCUGUUCUCAGUGGUCGGAGUGUCAAGAACAAUACAGGUCGUGGUAAGAAAGGUGAUAUUGAAGGUGGAGGCGCCAGUGAUGAUGCAUCUCGUGUAAAGCUUAGAUCAAAACUAAUUAACAGUCUGGAAACUUCUGCUGAUAAUCUUAGAUUGAAAGGGAAGGAGAUCCCCAGAGUUAUGUAUGCUGAUAGGCAUGUUGUUGGUUCUGGAGAUGAAGUGUCAGAAAAACAUGCUGGGAAGAAAGACAAAGCAGAUCCAAUUGCAGAACAAAAACAUCGAAGGUAUCAAACUAGAGUGCUGGACAAAUAUGGAAGGAAGACUCGGAUUAAUCGGAAGGCUUUGGCUGAUGGUACUGAAGAAUUAGGUCGUCCGCUGAAAAAGAAAAAGCGAGUUAUCAAGAUUGAUCCAUAUGACAUUUCGAACAAGCGAUUAGAUGACAGUGUUUCUAACAAUGAGAAUGUAAGUGAGGAAAAGGCUGAAAUGUCAAAGAAUGCUCAGUUUCGUGCGAUACAGCCGAGCCCAGCAAUCCUUUCAUUUGUCGAAGAUAAUCUAUUGGGUCGCAGGCGAUUGAUUGAAUUGCAGAAUGCUGGAUACAAUGUCAAGCUUUCUGCUCCUUUAGAUAAUGUUCCGUUCUCAACAAGCACAGAAAGAGAACGGAUUGAAGAAAAUGUAUUUAGGAAUAAGUUGGAGUUUUUUGCUGCUGCAAAAGUUUCAACGUCCAUUCCACCCCCCAUGAUUCCAGAGAUAGCAUUUGCAGGUAGAUCAAAUGUUGGAAAAUCAUCGCUGCUAAAUGCUCUUACCAGACAAUGGGGAGUCGUAAGGACAUCAGAUAAGCCGGGGCUUACUCAGACUAUUAACUUUUUUAGGCUUGCCUCGAAGCUCUGUUUGGUUGACUUGCCUGGAUAUGGCUUUGCUUAUGCAAAAGAAGAAGUGAAAGAUGCAUGGGAGGAACUUGUGAAGGAGUAUGUUUCAACUAGAGUUGGACUGCAACAAGUCUGCCUCCUUAUUGACACCAAAUGGGGUAUGAAACCAAGGGAUCAUGAGCUCAUUGAUUUAAUGGAAAGAUCCCAAACACCUUAUCAGAUAGUAUUAACAAAGACUGAUGUAGUGUUCCCAAUAGAUGUUGCUCGUCACGCUAUGCAAAUUCAAGAGAAUUUCAAGACAAACAAGUCUGUCAUAAACCCUGUGAUGAUGGUGAGCUCCAAGUCAGGUGCUGGCAUCCGCAACUUGAGGACUGUGCUUGCAAAGUUGGCUCGUUAUGUUAAGCCAUAAGAUAUCUAUCGCCUCAAUGAUCUCGCCAGCAUUUCCUUCUUGAUUUGAUGAACCAUAUGCUUUCACAGUUAACAUCCUGAUGAUCAGCUGGUGUUCCAGGCAUUUAGCCUGUUCUCAUUUACAGGCCAGCCUGGGCAGGUCAUUGCAACUUGCCAUGCAAACCAAACUGCUGCUGUUCUUGUCAGAUCAUUGUUGGUGCAUGCUUAUUAUUACCUUCUUGUAGGAUCGGAGAGUGGCUCAAUUCCUUUGGUGCCAGACUACAACCAAAGAAUUCUGAUGGCUAGGAAUCAUUGAUAAAAUGAUUAUCAAUGUAAUAAAAUGGUCAAUGAUCAUUAGCCCUCCCUAGGAAUCAUUAAAGAUAGUACUUUGACUGUUUGAGAAUCAUGAUUUGUUGUUGAUCAAGCCUUUUAUAUCAAGAAAGAAAACAAGAAGCUUGGUGUUAUAACAAUAUGUUGGGUAAUUUUGUGGAAAGUCUUUUAUUUUGAGAAA